GGCGAGUUCGUCAGUAUCCUAAACUGUCCCCGCAUGAGGUCACUCUGCCGGUCACGUGCUAGAGCUCGCGGGAGCGCCACAUCGCCAGCCGCACCCCUCCGCCCCCACCCUGCCCACGUGACCCGGUCUAGUUUCUUCAGGCUUGGCCCAAAGCCUCGCUCGAGAAGCCCCGCCCCACGCUGCGCGCUCCGCCCGCGAAUCUCCGCCCCUUAUCCGCCCAGGCUCAAGUGUGGCCCGCGGCCCCACGUGUUUCUUCUUGUCCAAUGAGAGUCUGCGCCCGGGCACGAAGGUGGGGCACGAAGGGGGGGAGGGACGACUGAGUUACGCGGCAAGAAGGGGGCGGGGCGUGCAACGUCGGACCGAACGAGGGGACGCAACGGAGGCAGGUUGGAGCUGCUGCCGUCGCCAUGACCCGCGGUAACCAGCGUGAGCUCGCCCGCCAGAAGAAUAUGAAAAAACAGAGCGACUCGGUUAAGGGAAAGCGCCGAGAUGACGGGCUUUCUGCUGCUGCCCGCAAGCAGAGUGCCCCAUCAUCUCUACCCCCAGGGACUCGGAGAUCAUGCAGCAGAAGCAGAAAAAGGCAAACGAGAAGAAGGAGGAACCCAAGUAGCUUUGUGGCUUCGUGUCCAACCCUCUUGCCCUUCGCCUGUGUGCCUGGAGCCAGUCCCACCACGCUCGCGUUUCCUCCUGUAGUGCUCACAGGUCCCAGCACCGAUGGCAUUCCCUUUGCCCUGAGUCUGCAGCGGGUCCCUUUUGUGCUUCCUUCCCCUCAGGUAGCCUCUCUCCUCCUGGGCCACUCCUGGGGGUGAGGGGGUUACCCCUUCCCAGUGUUUUUUAUUCCUGUGGGGCUCACCCCAAAGUAUUAAAAGUAGCUUUGUAAUUCCUUGAGCGCCUGGUUUGACUGGGGAUUUGGGAGGAUGGGGAUGGAGGAAUGACUGCCCUUUCCCACCAAAAGGGGAGAGCUCUUUAGACUCCUAAGAGGUUAUGGAUAUAUAGUCUUAUUACGUGAAACAUCACAGUAGAAGCCUUUAUUAUACAAUGACAACCAGACAAGUACUCCGGAUAUGUGGUAGAGGAAUCUUAAGAACCAUGGAGACUUCUUAUCUGUGAUUUUUGUUCCCCACCCAGACCUUGAACACUGUCCCAAGGAUGGAGUUGAGGGCCUAAGAGGGAAGGCUCCAAGACCUAAGUUUGUGCCUCUCUUCCUCAUUCUUCCUCAGUUUGUUCAUCUGUUUGAAAGUUGGCCAAAAAAUCCUGCUGCUCACCGACUUCCCGUGGUCAGUUGCUCUCAAGUGUUCACGUUCUCUUCUGUCAUUCAUAGAAUGAGGUUGGUUUUUGUCUUCGUCCUUCCCUUAUCCUCGAGAUCAGGAUUAAAACCUGGGGGUUGCCUCUGUGCUCCUUUCUUCCUGUGCCCUGGUUUGUUCUGUGGUUCUGGGCUUCUUAUAUCCCUGUGCCCGGGGCUGGACUGCUUAUUUUCCUUUUUAUCUCCAAAGGCAGAGCCAACUCUUCAGUCCCUGUUGGUCUUUCCCCGCCCCCGCCUUCAGCUCAAGAGCCAGGAAAGGGCUGGUGCCACACUGUCUGCUGGGAUCAGCAGUGGUUUCUGAGCUGCAGAUUUGGGAGUUAGGCUCUUGAGCUGGGAUGAAGACAUAAUGGUAGCUCCAGUGAUAUGCUGCUGAGGGCAUUAGGGUGUGUAUAUGACCACUUCUCCCAAUUCAGAUAAAAUACUGACUUCAGCCUAAAGGCAGAUAACUCCCUAGUGUGUCCUUGAGGUGUUGAGCUGGGUUGGACAGUUCCCCUGAGCCCAGACUAGGAGUAUAAUCUCAGGGGAACUUCAGUUUGUUAAAUGGACCUAGACUGGAGGCCAUUUGUUAUCUGGCGAUAGUGAUGCGAUGGUAGCGUCGCCUGAUAGGGGGCUGGGGGUCCUGGGUAGGGGACCAACAGAGUGGUGCCAGUAACAGCCCCAGGUAGAGGAGUACACAGGCCCAGCAUGAGGCAACCUUGACCCAGAAGGUAGCCCAGCUACCAUUGGUGAAGGUCUUUUCCAGUUCUGCUCCCUCAUAGCUGUAGAAUCAAAGGUUUUGUUUAGAGAAUAUUCAGGGACUUAGCUUUUACGCUUGUUCUACCUCCCUAUGAAAGAUUAAGGCAGACCCAUUUGUGUCAGGAAUUCCCUAAAAUAGGUCUUUAGGAGAGUAUCUCAGGCCCAGCUUCAUCUUACCUGAACCAGUUGGUAAGAGUAACCAUGACGUAGAGUGAGGCAAGGAAGAAGACAAAGUGGAAGGCAGAGUAGCUGUAGGAAAGAUGCUGGGCUUGCACUGGAGGAACUGGAGUGGUCUCCUGGUCAGCUGGCCUGGCAGCCCCACCCCUUUGCCCUGGAGAGACAGAAGGACUGCUGGGAGCAGUGCUGCUAAAACACCUCUUCCCUCCCAGUACCAGCUACUUCUGUGAAUGCUGCUCUUGUGGGUUCUUUGGCACUCCACAGAAGUCUACUGUUUCUUAUGGCUUCUCACUGGUCACUUACCUUCCUCUGCCUUCGCUGGUUCGGGGCAGCAGAAACAGAAUGAGGGCUUCUGCAAGACAGAAGGCAGGAUGUUUUGGGAUAACCUUAAAAUAAUGUAGGGGUGUUAAUCUAGGAAACUCCCCCUUGAAAAGAUUGGUCUAAUGUAAAAAGUGGAGGCACAUCUGGGUUCAAAUGCUGGCUCCAGCAUAUAACUGGCUAUGCGAACUUUGGUAAGAUGUUUAAUCUUUUGUGCCUCAAUUUCUCCAUUUGUAAAAUGGAGCAAAUACCUACCUCACAGGGUUGUUGUGAGGAUUAAAUUAAAUGAGAUAUGUAUGUAAAGUAUCUAGCACAGUGCCUAGCACAUUGUGGGUACUUAAUAAAAAGGUAAUAGCAGCUA